AUGUAUGCACCGUCUCCUACGGCGGCGGCAGGAGACGGUGUUGAUCUGCACAUCAUAAAUAAUCCCGUAUGUGCUUCGAUCGCUUAUGCUCUGGAUAAGAAGCCUUCAGAAGAUGAAGAAAGAAACGUCAUGGUUUACAAUCACGGCGGCGAUGAUUUGAGCGUGGCCGUGUUGACUGUAGAAGAAGGUGGUGUUUUCAGUAUGAGAUCCGCCGCCAGAGAAACCCAAUUGGCCGGAGAUGAAUUCACCAAUCGUCUCUUGAAUCACUUCGCGGCGGAGUUCAGCCGGAAGCACAACAAAGACCUAAGCACCGCCGCCGCGUCUCUCCGGCGGCUGAGGGAGGCCUGCGAGAGGGUGAAGAGGGCUCUGUCCUCGAAAACUAAGACGACAAUCGAGAUUAAUUCACUGUACGAAGGGAUCGAUUUCUACGGUUCGAUCACGAGGGUUCUUGUCGGAGGAACCUUGAAAAUACCGAAGCUGCAGAAACUAUUGGCGGAUUUAGUCGGUGGAACGAAUAUCCGCAAAAACAUCGACCCUGUUAAGGCGAUCUCGUUCGGGGCCCACCUCUGCAAAGACACUCAACUCAAUAGGGUUGCGAAAAUAAGGCUUCUUGAUUUCAUGCAUGCGAACAUCGGAAUCAAGACCGGAGGAGGAGGGUCGGUGGAGGUUUUGAUCCCGGAGAAGACGAUUCGAUUGUUUCACGGUUCGAGGGUUCCUAUGGACACGAACAACAGUAGUAAAAUAACGGAGCGGAAUUGGAGAAUUCCAGUGGCCCCACAGGGCACCGCACGGGUGAAACUGCGGAUCGAAAUCGAUUAUCUCACUCUGUCUGUGUUUAUUAUGGACAACCUAAUUUUCAAGACUACUAAUCUGUGUGGGGCUCCAAGGUGA